AUGAAACCAUGCAACUAUCCGUUCACAAAGCUGUCUGAUGAAAUUAUUUUAGUCAUUUUUAAGUAUUUAUCUCGACGCACUUUAUCAACAUGUGCUCAAGUUUGUAAAGACUGGCAGAUGCUGGCCUAUGAUGAAAGCCUUUGGAAAGGUGUUGAUAUGACUAMAGCUAAACUGUAUCCUGGUGUUCUUGGUAAUGUGCUGAUGAGAGGAACUAGAUUUUUGAGAAUUGCGAUGUCUAAGGUCUGUUCUCCAAUAUUUGAUGAAAGUUUUACAAUAUUUCCUGACGUUGUUCCUGUUCUACAAAAGUCAAGUGACUGUCUUCUCAAGCUUUCUCAUCUUGAUGCAACUCUAUGUACAUUUGAAGAUGACAGCUUACUUUGUCUCUUAAUGCAUUCAAAAAGACUGAAAUGUCUGAGUUUGGAUUCCUGCUCCCUGUCACUCAGCAUUCUUAGAGCAAUUGCUGACUGUGAAGAUCUAGAAGUGUUAAAUCUAUCAAUGUGUAGUGGUAUUUCAUCUGUUGGUAUCAAAGCUCUAGUUAAUGGCUGUAAAAAGCUUAAGAAAUUGAAUUUAGCCUGGACUUACCUCAACAAGACAUCACUACUUGAGAUUAUCAAUGGUUGUCCAAACCUAACGCAUUUAAACUUGAGUGGCUGUCGUGAAGGACUAACAGAUGAUGUUGUACUACAGUUGGUUGAACGCUGUCAGCUACUUACACACCUGGAUAUAAGUGAUGGAGUCCAGAUUACAGCUGAGUCGUUGGCUGCUAUUACACAAAAACUUUUAUUGCAACACUUGUCAAUCAGCCGAUGCUACAAUAUACAACCACAAGCGUUUAGGAUCUGUAGAGAGAUGAAAUCAUUGACAAAACUAGAUAUCUACGGUCUUCUUAAUGACGAUGGAAUCGAAUUGCUCAAACCAGAACUACCAGACAUCAACCUGAAUUCUUCGCUAUUCUCGACGAUUGCCAGACCAGUGGGCUACAAGUACUAUGGGCAAAUAUGGGGCGUUAGGUGUAGUAAAUGAUAUAUGCACUGAUUGUCAAUCAAUGCACAACUGUACAAAACCUUACUGCAAAUCAAUGCAUUACUAUACAAAAGAUGUAGUGAGCGUAGACCAAGAAAGAAAUGCAAUGCGCUGGGAACACCAGCCAAUAUAGUAUCCACACAAACAAGUUAAUACCUUCCAUUCUGCUUUGUCUCUCGCUUAUUUCGAUAGUGAAAUCAAGGCUUUAAAACUCGGAACUUUUUUAAAAGUUGAAAAACUGUCUAAGAAAAGUGCAAACGAGCAUAUAGUUAUUUUUUUAUUUUUUGCCUUUCAUGGGAAGAAAAUCACACGGUUCGAGAAUUAAAAGCAAAGAUGUUGAAAUUAAUUAACUUUUUUUAAGGUGGGGAAAAAACAGAUUUUUAGAUUGCUACAAUAUAUGAAUUUGAAAUUUUGUAAAUAUAUGUUUGGAGACCAGAUAUUUGGUAUAGAACAUCGUUUCAUAAGCAUAAUAUUUUUAUAUUUUGAGGACAGUAGUUUGGAAAUAGAAUAAACUUUAUUUC